AUGGCUGGCUCAACAAGAUCAUCGACGAUUGCCGAUAGCGACGAAGCCCGGCACCGCGAGAAAAGCAUGGACCAAUCGCCUGGCAACAAGCAAUCGCUGCUCGGCGUGGACGGGCAGGACACUGCAGCACAGUUCCAAACCACAACCCCCUUCCGUGCCGACGGGAAGCAGGAACUGACCGAAGAGGAUGCUUGGGACAAGCUGGGCUACUCUCUGCCCGAGUGGCGUAAAUGGUCCAUCUUCAUUCUCAUCCUUUGCAUUCAGACCUCGAUGAACAGCAACGCUAGCAUGUACGGCUUUGCUGUUGAGGGUAUUGCCGAGGAGUUUCACGUCUCGGAAACCAAGGCUCGCCUUGGCCAAUUCAUCUUCUUGGUCUGCUAUGCGUUUGGUUGUGAGUUGUGGGCGCCUUGGUCUGAGGAACUCGGCAGGUGGCCAACUCAGCAGAUGUCACUGUUCCUGGUCAAUAUCUGGCAGAUAUCUUCUGCCCUAGCGCCCAAUUUUGGCACCAUUAUGGUCUCGCGAGCGUUGGGAGGUUUAAGCACGAGCGGUGGCUCGGUCACGCUGGGAGUCAUCGCCGACCUCUACGAGCCGGAGGACACAGGUUUCCAGUACGCUGUGGCUUUCGUCAUACUGUCAUCCGUUGGAGGGGCGCCGCUAGGGGCCGUCAUAGGCGGUUUCGUGGGACAAUACCGGGAAUGGUACUGGGUUUUCUGGGUCCUUCUCAUCAUGGGUGGAGUGGUCCAAAUCCUGCAUUUCUUUCUCGUCCCAGAGACCCGCUCCACUAUCCUCCUGGACCGAGAGGCAAAGAAGCGGCGCAAGAAUGGCGACAGCAAUAUCUACGGUCCUAACGAACUCAAGACCUUCAAGGAGCGCUUCAGCAUGAAAGAGAUCGGCAAGAUCUGGUGGCGGCCUUGGCUCAUGUUCUUCACUGAGCCCAUCGUGCUGUUCCUAUCCCUUCUCUCAGGAUUCGCUGAUAUGCUGGUCUUUAUCUUCCUAGAGGCCUUCACGCCAGUCUUCGAGCAAUGGGACUUCGAGACCUGGCAAGUUGGAUUGUGCUUCCUCUCAUCGAUUGUCGGCUACAUUAUCUCUUAUCUCACCUAUCUACCGGUGAUAUGGCAUCACAACAAGACUCGCAAGGUCAAUCCAGAUCAACUCUCUCCAGAGUCCCGUCUCUGGUGGCUAUUAUUCCUGGCUCCACUUCUGAGCAUCGGCCUCUUCAUGUUCAGCUGGACCUCUCUCGGCCCACCCCACACGCAUUGGAUCGCACCCAUCAUUAGCGCCGCGGUGAUCGGAAUAGCCAACUACGCUAUCUACAAGUCCUCCAUAGACUAUAUGAUAGCGGCCUAUGGUGUAUAUGCUGCUUCCGCCACGGGUGGCAACGACCUUGCCCGCGACUUCCUGGCCGGUAUCGCUGCGUUAUACGCACAUCCCUUCUACGAGAAUAUUGGGCCCGAGAACAGGAAGCUCGUUUACCCGAGUACAAUCCUGGCUUGUCUGGCGGUAUUGGUCAUCAUUCCAGUCUACGUGUUUUACUGGAAGGGGGAGCAGAUCCGCUUGAAGAGUAGGUUUGCGCAGGAGCUUGAGAAGCAGAGACGAGCCAGACUUGAAAAGAGUGGCAGACGAAGCACGAUCGGUCGGCAGGGCGGUCUGGGUGAGAACGGUAGGGCUAGUAACACCGGGGCGGGCGAGAAGAGGGUCGAGCAAGUAUGA